AUGAACUGUUCUGCAUUUGACACCCUAGCCACUACAGCAACUGCAUUUUGUAACUUAUUUAUUAACCCUCCUAACCCAACAUCAAUUUUGACCCAAACAAUAAAACUUCUUGAAGCAAAUGCUGCAUUUCAACAAUUACUUGAUCAACUCGCUAUUCAUCAAAGAAAUAUAAUACGCAUUAAAGCGUUAAUUGAUGAAACAUCUGCUCUUAAUCAACAAAUUGAUAAAUGUUUACAAUAUCUUUUAAAUUCACGUCAACGUCUUCAUCAAACAAAUCUUAGUGAUAAAACUUUUUUAUCAGCAGAGAAAAUUCCACAUACAAUGCUUCUUGAUUACGCAGCAAAAAUCUCCAAAUAUUCAUCAGCGCCAGAUGGCUAUAAUCCAGCAAAAGGCUUUUAUGGAACAACACCUGCUUAUUUUCCAUGGCCACCAGAGGACGCCAUGAGAAAAGGCGUACUAAUGGCACCACAAGUAGAAUCUAAUUUAUUCAAAAAAACAAAAUCAUCACCUAUAAAAAACGACAUACAUGUUAAUGAUUCAGAUUUAAUAACACAGAUUACGCCUCCUUUAAAAAAACCAAAAACCAAUGUUUUUAUAGGUCUUGAUUUAUAUGACCCUAAAGAUCAAAAUGAAUCAAAUCAUUAA